GAUACUGAUUUGAAAAAGGGAACUGCCACGAAACACGGUUUGGCUCAUUAUUCUGGACAAUAAUUUGGUGAUAAACGUUACAUUGUUGAUGGUUAAAUUCGAAAAUGCGUUCCAUUUUCAUUUUUAGUGCCUUCAUUUUAUUUUACUGCAAUGAAUGUGCCUCGACCAAAAAUGUCAUUCUCAUAUACGAUAAAGUGGAAACGACAACAUACGACAUGGAUCAGUUAACAACAAGCGUCAAAAAUAUUGCUACUGGAUUAUUCUCUAACGAUCGAUUGGAUAUGCGUUUCAAAAUAGUAUUUCCAUAUAAAUCAUACAUGGUGGAAAUUGAGGGUUCCCCACAGGCGAAACCACAGAGUAACCAUUACCGCAUAAGAAACCCGUCAACAUUGAAAAGCCUUCUAACACAAUUACGAGAAUCCUCUCCACGUUCUGUGAUCUUUGUAAUCACAAAUAUUACAACACUUUCUGAUGUGACCCAAAUGCACGACAUAUUAGAAUACAUACAAAUUAGAAGAACAGAGGUCAACUUUAUUAUAGAAAAAAAGGACAGUUUUCAAGGUAAUUCUCUUCAACACUACUUAUCAAUCACUUCUAUAAGCAACGGGCUUAUACAUUCAAGUUCGAUUCAAUUCAACCAGAUCUCAGAUUCGUUGCGUCAUUGGUUGAAAUCUCUUCCACACAAAGUAAACCAGAUACCAAUACAUCACAGCGAUUCAGGGGAAUACUGCAUCACGUUGGAUUCACUUUUGAGAGACACAACAUUAUACAUUGGUAGCAGUUUGGAUGACUGCGAGUAUGAGAUGCAAUUAAAAAAACCUUAUAUGGAAUUACAAUUGACAUUUCAAGAGGAUGGAGUGCAUUUAGAAAGGAUUUAUGCCUCUAAGCCUUGCUUCAUGAUAAGGAAAAACCUCAAAAAUCUAGAUUACCUAUCUUUUUACAAUUUCCGCGUCUUUGGCCAGAGUAGAUUUGACAUUGAUUACGGAUUCUCCAAAGAUCCAGUUAGUUCAUUGGAAGAAACACGUACAAGACCAAUCAAAGGAACAUUCAACAGACUCUACGUAACUUCGACCAGCAGUAAUUUCCAAGCUACAUUUGAUUACUUCAGAAUACGCUUCCUCAAUGGUACAUAUUUUCAAAACAAAAUUCCUCUUUAUCAUGUACCAGAGACUAAUCUCUUCGAUGGACCAUUUGAACCACCAAACAAAGAAUAUUUCUUCAUAGAAGUCACAGGUCAUGUAAAUGGAGAAGCAGUCACUCGAAUGUCAUCGACCGCUAUGAAUGCUGCUGAUCAAAUCGAAAACAAUCCCAUAAAUUCCGAAUUGAACGACAACACGGACAUGAGCUAUCUUAACUUGAAAAUGAUUUUCUUGUUGAUCGCAUUUUCUAGUUUAGCUGCAGUUUUACUUUGCCAAUUCUUCAGGUACAUCGAAUGUUUCACAAAAACACCCGAGACACCUGCAGAAUUGCAAAUAUCUCAUCGUAAAGCGGUACCAAACUUUUACCAGCCGGUGGUCGCUUACAAAGCUCCAAAAUAGACAACUUUGUCGAAUUGAUUCAUUUUUAAAAAGUCGAGGGUUUCAUGAUAAUGAAAAUUUAUCACGAAUUAUUUUUGAAUUUAAGCUAAUUGUAAGUUAACGAAUUAUUAUUAUUUUGAUUAAGUAUAGGUAUUUUAAAACAGACCUAGGCAUAAUCUAAAGUAGCGAUAAAUUUUAGUUUGUGGAUAUAUAGGUAUAUUUCCUGAGAAAAAAAUACAUAUUUUAAGACAAAAUCAACAUAA